AUCUAAGCAGAAUUGGAGGUCUAUUCAUGACUGCCGAAACAUAAAGCGGGCAUCCAUUAUUUCAUACACCUAAAUAGCUCCCCCCCGUAAUGAAACCAGAAGAUCUUCUUCAACCGUUCUCCCGCGCACAAACUCCCAAGUGCACUUUCGGCUGUCCGAUCCUCGACCGCCUCCUCGGCGGCGGCGUCCCCUGCAACUCUAUCACUGAGAUAGUGUCGGAGAGCGGCUGCGGCAAGACCCAGAUCUCCCUCCAGCUCCUCCUCACUGCCCAGCUCCCGCUCUCCCUUGGCGGCCUAUCCGCCUCCUCCCUUUACCUUUACUCGGAACCCCCUUUCCCACUACGCCGCCUCCGCCAGCUAUCUCUUUCUUUCCCUGCUCUUGCCAACCCCUUAGAUAAAGUCCUCACCCACCCUCUGCACUCCGCACACCACCUGCUUGAUCUAUUGCCCCGCAUUGACUCGAUGCUGUCGCGCCAGCCGCCUGCCAGUUACCCUAUCAGGCUUGUAGUUAUUGACUCCAUAGCGGCACUGUUUCGGUAUGAAUUUGAUAACAAGCCCCUCGAGCUCAAGCAGAGGUCAGACACAUUCUUCAAGAUUUCAAGCAAACUGAAGGAACAAGCAUAUAAGUUCGGGUUGGCUGUGGUGGUGAUUAAUCAGGUUGUGGAUGUGGUUAAUGCUGCUGAAUCCAUCCGGAUUGGAAAUUCUGCAUCACUUUACACAUCUGGAAGGAAUGUCAGUGCUGUUCUUGGGUUAUCUUGGGCGAAUUGUGUGAAUACGAGGUUGUUUAUGUCCAAGCACGAGGAGAGAGUUGGUAAAGAUACAGAUGGUUGUGUUCUUACUCAAAAAGUCCUAUCUAUACGUGUUGUCUUUUCACCCUAUCUGCCUGAUUCUUCUUGCCAGUUUGUCAUUAGAAGAGAAGGAGUUUUUGGAGUUGAAAGAUAGCAAUUCACUUUCAUGCAUAUGAUAUAAAGUAACUGCAUACCCAACAGGCAGGAUGCAAACAGCUUAUUUGUUAGGCAACUGGGAACAAGCUUUGUGCAAGUAUAUUCUAUGGACCAUGCUUUUAGGGCAAUUCUUGGUGUACACAAAUCGUACACAGGCAAUUAGAGGGGUUUUGGCAUCAAGUCCUGCCCUUUUAAAACGAAUUGACUGUAUACAAGCAACUAGGGAGUUUUGUGUACACUUUGUGUACAACUCAUGUACACUAAAAAAUUUUCUUGCUUUUAUCAUGUUGUUGGACUGGAAGAAAUGAUAAAACCUGUAUGCAGGUCUCAUUGAUUGACAGUUUCCAAAAGCAUCUGCGGCUGCUUAAUUGCUAAUUUGCUAGUUAAUGUGAUUUAUCCACCAAACUAUAUCUUCAAAGAUGGAAAGAUAUCUAUUUUAGUACUACACUGUGUAUCUUAUGCAGUAACAAAGCUGUG